CUUAAACCCUCUUUUCUCCGGGAUUUCGCUCUUCUUUCUUCAGGUACCCGACUCCACUUCUUAAAGAUCCAUUAAUUUUCCAUCACUUUCGCGGGAAAAAGAUUGGGCAAGCUCUCACCAGAACGACAAAAAAAUGUCGCACAGCGACACAAUUCCUCUCCAUGCUUCCUCCCAAUCCGACAUCGACGAGAUCGAGAACCUAAUCAACGCCAGCGUUCAAUCCGGCCCGGCAACUGUCCUACCGGCCCGCCCGCCUAGCCCACCACGUAUCCCUGUCUCUUCCUCUCCAUUCAUUCAGUCGAAACUCCCUCCAUUGCCAUCGACAAACCAGAAACCGUCACCUGCACCAUCUGUACCCGCGGCUCCGCCUCCACCGCCAGCCAACUCUCAUUCGGGUAUUGGUGCUUCCGGAUUUGGGUCGGCUACGAAUACGUUGACGGAGCCUGUUUGGGACACGGUGAAGAGAGAUCUGUCGAGGAUCGUGAGUAAUUUGAAGCUGGUAGUGUUUCCUAACCCGUAUAGAGAAGAUCCUGGGAAGGCUUUAAGGGAUUGGGAUCUUUGGGGCCCGUUUUUCUUCAUUGUGUUUCUGGGGCUUGUUCUUUCAUGGUCUGCUUCGGUGAAAAAGUCUGAGGUUUUCGCUGUUGCAUUUGCGCUGCUUGCAGCUGGGGCUGUAAUCUUGACUCUGAAUGUCCUGCUACUGGGUGGACACAUAAUUUUCUUCCAAAGUCUGAGCCUUCUAGGUUAUUGUCUCUUCCCUCUGGACGUUGGAGCCCUAAUCUGUAUGUUGAAGGACAAUGUGAUAGUAAAAAUGGUGGUGGUGUGUGUGACCUUGUUUUGGAGCUCAUGGGCUGCCUAUCCAUUCAUGAGUUCAGCCGUCAACCCAAGAAGAAAGGCUCUUGCUCUUUACCCUGUUUUUCUCAUGUAUGUAUCUGUUGGUUUCCUCAUCAUUGCCAUUGAUUAAUGCACAGCAAACACUAUUGUCAAGAUUUUCAUAAAGAACUCAAACUCACAUGCAGUACAUAGAAAUUUUAUUUGAUGGUUAUUUUCACCCCAUGUAAUGUAAUUCUAUUUUUUUAGCUAUUUCAAAAUCGGACAUGUUGUGGAGACUCAAUCAUGUUGUGGAGACUCAAUCUGCCAAUAUUUUAUACUAGUGCAAAACUUUAUGUUCUA